GUCCAACAUCAAAUCAAAGAAUAUUAAUUACGAAAUACCUCGGGCCCCAAUGUCUGCCUAUGUCAACAGAAAUGCAUCCAAGAAAGAUCUCAAGGCCGUGAAGCAGUAUUUGGAAAAUAUGGACCCGAAAAAAAAGGCUGAGAGUGUAUAUGCAGUGAAGGACUAUGCCCCUUGGCACGGUGACGGAAAGUCUCAGACUCUGUCCCCAAAGGGUAUUGCGUUCCAGACGAAGUCGAUGUAUACGAGUGGGGAACCUCAAGGGUAUAAAACUGUUGUCACGCUAAAGGGGAAGUCAGAUGCAUAUGUGACAUAUGAGUCACCUACUUGGAACGCAAAUAUUGGCACGAUCAUCAUCGACGAGAUGAUCAAAGCUAUCAACUUGAAGGUGUAGGAGGUUGCUCCAACUUCGUCGUAAAUGACGCAGAUAGUAACAGAACAAGGAUGGUGGAGAGAUAACAGAAGAUAACCGUGACGGGAUAUGAAGAGGGAAUUUCGAAUCACGAUAUUUUCCUGCUGUACAGAGUCCAAUUGUCACGUACUUGUCUGCUAUAAUCAUUCAC